AUGCACGACAAGUCCCACGUCUUUUUGAGCGAGCGCAAGGGACGUCCGCCUGGUGCUGCAAACGAGGCGCUUGUGAAGCCCGGGAGUUGCGGCCGGCUGGUGCCGCGACUGGCAGUAUCCCAAGAGGAUGAGCGCAUCAACGCGGUCGUAGGUUGCAGCUGUUGGUGUCUGCCGGGGGGUCUGUUGAUCCCGCCGCGGCUGCCGGCGCUGGCACCGGCGGCACCAGCGCCGCCGCCGUGGUGCCUGGCCCGACGGCGUUGGCAUUCGAUCACAUUCCUCAGUCAGCGGCUGCCGCCGCCCCCAGCAGCCCUUUCGGCGCCCUGGGUGUAUUGCGGGCGAGGGCCUUACGGAGCGUGUUUCAGGGACGCCGGCAGACCGUACGGCCCGUAG